CUCACCCCUUGCUCUGUGCCUGUGGUUGGUAGAACUCAGCCUGGAAUAAAUAGGAGCAGCAGUUCUUGUGUCAACGCCAUUCCAACUUCUAGAAGGUUCUUCUUCCCUUCACAGUAAAUUUAUGCACAGACACGCCCCAGAGUGUUGAGAGGAGAGGUCACAGCCCUUGUUCCUGAUCAACCAGUCACCACAUCAGGUAAGACUGGCUAGGCUCAGGUGCCUGGCCCACUAGCUAGUAGCGUCACCACUUCUGUCCUUGAGCAAUAACAGGUGGUAGGAUAGGUUACACGUCUCCAAGCCUGGGACACUGCAAAACAGGACCAUAUAAGGACUACCUGACAGCCCCAGCAAGCUUCCCAGAAGUCUGAGCUCCUUCUCCUAACUUCCCAUGCUGGCAUCUGGGAAUCUCAGUGAAGCAAGGGCCAGAAGAGGCCUCGGCACUCCAGUCUACCAUCCAUCCCACAGCGCACAUGUCUCUUCAAGGAAUAGUCUUGAAAAGAAGAUGGAAGAAGUAGGCGAGAGCGAGUUCUAAGGACAAUCUGCACACGCAUGCUCCCUUCAGAUAACUGCGUGCUAAGGUGAAUUCCUGGUCAGCAAGAAAUAUCGGCUCAUCAACCCAGGUUGAGUGGGGGAACCAAUUAUUUCUCAAUCCUAAUAUGUUCUGGAAUAGCCCAUUUAUCCACGUCAUUGUGAUCUAAAAAGUUCGUGAAUGGAACUCACAAUUGUAGGCCUCUGUACAUAGAACAGCUGUCUGCCCCCCAGGAAAUAUGACUUUUUGUAUUGAGAAGCUAAAAAAAAAAAAGGAAAAACUUUUUUAAAAGAGAGGUAGCCCAUACUAAAUAUAGCUAUGCAGAAGUUCGUUUACCAGUUCAUUUCGCUUACAAUGCAAAAGAAAAAAAGAAAAAAAUUAAGAGGGAGGAGGAGCUUGAAUAAUCUUUGCCAGGAAGUAUGUAAAUGGAGAGCCCUCAUUCAGCCUUCAGUAUAAAAGGGGGACACUGGAAGGGAGGUCUACACUUGAGGGGCUUGCUCUUGCAGUACCAAAGCCACAAGGAAGCCUUGCAGAAAACAGAGCUCCACCAUGCCCGUCUCAGCACUGCUCUGUUGCCUGCUCUUACUGGCUGGAGUGGGGCCCAGCAGAGGCCAGUAUACCCAGCAAGAGAAUAACUGCACCCACUUCCCAGUCAGCCAGACCCACAUGCUCCGAGAGCUGAGAACUGCCUUCAGCCAGCAAAAGAAGGACCAGCUGGACAACAUACUACUCACUGACUCCUUAGUGCAGGACUUUGAGGGUUACUUGGGUUGCCAAACCUUAUCAGAAAUGAUCCAGUUUUACCUGGUAGAAGUGAUGCCCCAGGCAGAGAACCAUGGCCCAGAAAUCAAGGAGCAUUUGAACUCUCUGGGAGAGAAGCUGAAGACCCUCAGGAGGCAGCUGCAGCGCUGUGUGAGUAGCAGACCACUUCUUUCCCUUGGAGCCACCCAACAAAUUCCAUUUUCUACAGCCCAACCAGGCCACAUACAUCCAGAGACACACAGACUAGACUGGGGACUAGGUAAAUCUACACCAGCGCCUCCAGUCAGAUCUCUGGCUCAUCUGUCUCUGGGCGAGAGUGGGGGUGGCUUUGAGACACUUACACGUGAAGAUUUGCGCAUAGUCUUCCUGUUAUUUGUGAGUCAUUGUGGGUUAUUAGCUACUCCCCUCUCUUCUUGGGAAGGCCAGGGCUUCAGUUACAGCUCCCUCAAGUCUCUUUGGACCUGGGCCCCAGGCUGCCAGCUGAGACUCCCAAGCAGAAGAAGAAAUUCACCUCUUUGUCUCAUCUUUUGGGAAGUAAAUUCAGUGACACAUAACUGGGUUGAUAGGAUUCUCCCUGGCAUUUCAGAAGGGCCAGAAGACUACUGUCCCUAAACCAGGAUCUAUGAAUAAUAUGCCCAGAGCAUCUAUUUCUCUGACUGCAGUGAUGCUUUUGCUUUCUUCUCUCACUGAUACUGGGAAAUCAGUAGGUGUCUAUUUGUGCACAAGUUCUAAGCCAACGAUUUGGCCCCAGUAGAUGAGACUUUAUCUCCACUCUCAGACACCUAGACAUAGUUCAUGGCAGUUGAGAUUGGAGAUAGACAAGAUGAGACAUGCAAAACACAAUAGAGAGACAAAGCCUAAGACCUGAGUUCACACCUACAGCUUACAAACAUCUUAGUAAUUCCAAAGACAUACAUUGCAUCUUCCUGGACUAUUCUCCUCUGCCCCUGGUGUAAUAGAUAAGGACCAAGCAGGGCUCAUUUCUCCCUGGGAGCUAAGAGGUGGGCAUUGAAGAUGAAUCCAGCCCCUUCAUCAUGCAAUGAGGUUGUUCCCCCAAGUGGCAUGGACACAGGAUUGGAGCUAGAGUUAUUAACACUUCCUUUUCUU